AUAUACGCGCAAACGCAUGCACAUGUUCCUUUUCCCUUCCAUUCUGGGGAAAACCAAACAGAGCAAAGCGAGAGAAAGCCGGAGUAGCAGCAGCAGCAACGAUCUCGGCUUUUGUCCAAGUUUCUUCUGUAACCAACCCACCUGCCCCAGUUGAAGGAAAAGCCUCAUUCAGAAAGAAACUAAAAAAAGUUCUAAAUACAAUGCAUACAGAGAUGAAGUUCAGUUGAACUUGAAUCCAGAAGUUACAGAAAGAGAAGAAGAAACAAAAAUGACGAAGGUGAAAUCAAGAACAUCGUUGGGUCUCUUGACCACAUUAAUGUUUGUAGUCAUCUUCGUCACGACAAAGCUCCAAUACGAGCACGUGAAGGUGGAGAAUCGGUGGCACCCUUUUGUCUCAACCAGGGGGAGCUCAGGACUAGCAUCAGGGGAGGAUCGGUUCGAGUCAUUAGACUCUCUACGUCAGGGCGUAGUUGAAUGGGCAUCGAACUUGGAACUGAAGCCUCUCUGGCAAAGCUCAAGCAGUUUGAACUGCAAUGCUCUCUUGGCAAUUCCCGUUGGAAUCAAGCAGAAGCAAAAUGUUGACAUUAUGGUUCAGAAGUUUCUCUCAGAGAAUUGCUCCAUAUUACUGUUUCAUUAUGAUGGGAGUGUUGAUGGAUGGAACGAUCUUGAGUGGAGUAACAAGGCAGUUCACAUACUUGCUCAUAACCAAACAAAAUGGUGGUUUGCAAAACGCUUUCUACAUCCAGAUGUUGUAUCUCCAUAUGAUUUUAUAUUCCUUUGGGAUGAAGACCUAGGGGUGGAAAAUUUUCACCCUGGAAGGUUCUUGGAGAUAAUGAUAUCUGAAGGUUUGGAGAUUUCACAGCCUGCAUUGGAUCCUGAACUAUCUGAGGUGCAUCAUCGUAUUACCCUGCGAAAUAAAACAGUGAAGGUCCACCGGCAAGUUUAUGUAUCUCGGGGGAGUUUUAAUUGUUCAGACAAUAGCACUGGACCUCCAUGCACUGGAUGGGUGGAAGGCAUGGCACCUGUAUUUUCUCGAGCAGCGUGGCAUUGUGUGUGGCAUCUCAUACAGAAUGAUCUGAUUCAUGGAUGGGGUUUGGACAUGAAACUUGGAUAUUGUGCUCAGGGGGAUCCUACCAAGACAGUUGGAGUGAUUGACAGUGAAUAUAUUGUUCACCGUGGAAUACCAACAUUGGGAGGCGCAUCUGCCACUAAGCCACCUCCAGAUCGUAAGUCACCAGAACAUUCACCUGUGAAGAGUGACAGAUCAAUUGAUUUAAGAACCCAUAUCCGUAGGCAGUCAACAGCCGAGCUUGAAAUAUUCAAGCAGCGAUGGGACCAAGCUGUGAGGGAAGAUGAUCGCUGGAUCGAUCCAUUUUAUCACUUAAGACAGAAUGGAGAGCUACAUGAGAAACAUGCUACUGAGUGAAAAAAUAAGAUCUGCCUAAUAUUAUUUCUCAUUAUUUUUAUUAUUCUUUUUGCUAUGCAAUACAUAACAGGAUAUUCGGUUGUCUCUAAUGUCAGUUGAUUAGCCAACAAAUCCCUUGAAACAAAGUGAGGUAUUUGCUGGGAAACGGCCAUACUUUUGUGCAGUGAUACACACGUACACGAUUGCCUACUAUAAUCAAUUGUUAGAAUUAUAUUCCAUUCUGCCAGUCAUUAGUUUUAUGGUUCAUUUCGUGUGCUAUAGUGCGGUUGUGCAGUUGAAUGAAGUGAGUGCAAUCCAGAAUGUUAACAAGAUUUUGGGUCUUGUCCAUUACUGGUAGGCUGAGGUAUUUGUCUUUCUAAAUAUUGUAGUCUUUCAUUGAACUGGAAGAAGUAGAAAAGGCUAAAUUCCUGAACAAUCA